UCCUUCUCCUCCUCCCCGGCCGGAGGCAGCCGCGGGGCGGAAGGGACGGGGCUUCCCCCGCCGGAAGCGGCGCGAGGGGCCAUGGCGGCGCUGCUGCGGGCCGUGAGCUGCCGGACUGGAGUAACUCAAUGGAUAGCAGUAUGCAGUGGAUUAUUACAGACAGCCGUGGUCCAAGGCCAGCGUAGAAGGAUGCUCCAUGGUAUUUUCCAGAGACACGAGACUCGGCAGUUCCAGCUGUCUAAAGGCUGUGGUGGAUUUAUUCAAGUCAAUGGAACCGUUAAACAGCUAAAUAGAACGUUUUACAGUACGAAUAAGCAUCUUUCUGCAAAAGAUUCCUUGCAGACAGAAGAGAAAGUGGGUCCUUUCACAAGGAUAAUAGAAGCAAUGGGUUUCACGGGACCUCUGAAGUAUAGCAGAUGGAAAAUUAAGGUAGCAGCUUUGCGCAUGUACACGUGCUGUGUGGAGAGAACUGACUAUGAGGAAUUCUUUACCAGGUGCCAAAUGCCUGAUACUUUGAAUUCCUGGUUCCUUGUAGCACAGCUUCAUGUCUGGUCUGUUGCAAGACUUCAUCUGAGUAUUGCAUUCCAUAAGGAAAACUGCACUUGUGGAAGUGUUGAUCAGUUUGAGAGAGUCAAGAGGAGAACAAGAACCAUCAAGUUUCUUUAUACGAACAUCAUUACUUACAGCCAAAUCCUAACUUACAUUGGCCAAAGUGCUUUUUCUUCUUUUCCUACUGAUAAUAUUUUUUUCAUCACCUCUUCCUUAGAACCCAUACAGAAGGUUUUCUCCUUUAUUUUUCAGAUUAAUUCUGUUGUUCUAAAGGAAGAUUUGAGAAGUAUGGUAGAAAAUUUCUAUGCAGCUCUAUUUGGAUAUGAUGAGGGAAUUUUGUCUGAUGAUCAUGUUCUGGCAGCAGCUCUUUGGAGAAACCUUUUUAACAGGAACUGUGAGGACCCUCGGCAUCUGGAGUUACUCGUAGAGUAUGUGCGCAAACAGGUGCAGCACCUGGACGCGCUGAGCGGGGAGGACCUGCUGUUGACGGGUGAGGUGAGCUGGAGGCCUCUUGUGGAGAACAACGCACGCAGCAUCCUCAAGCCCCUUUCCCCUGUUUACAAUGACGAAGGACUCUGAGAGCAUCUCUCAAACCAGCUUGGGAAGCAUGCCUGAAAUUGAACUAGGCAGAGGCUGUGAGGUCAGGAAGUGAAAACUGCUGUUGAAAAAAAUAAUAUUUAAGUAGAUGUCUUAUCUGUGGUAACUGAAUAGCAAAUUGGACAGCCUUACUCUUCUGAAUAUUCACCUGUGAAUAAAGCUAGUUGGUUUGGGAACCUGUGUUCUUUUUAUGGCACUGCCUGGUCCUUGCAGACAAAUUGCAAGACCUGCUUUCCAUCUUCGGGAAAACAGAUGUUUUACCAUGACUUAUAAUUAUCUCCAGAAGCCAUUUCUGUCCUUUGCCUCAUUUAGAGAGCUGCUACAUACAGACUGUAUGGUGUUCCUUUGCUUACUGAAUGGUUGUUAAUACAGAUCUGAGCUUUGCAUAUUAGAUGUUAAUAUAUUCUAAAAGCCUGAUAUCAAGAUGGCAUGGCACAUUUUUGCUUUAGUAGAGUUAAGAAUUGCUUUAUCAGGUUCUGAAGGAUUUUCCAUGAAAAUCCUUUUUAGGAACUCUUUGCACAGGAAUAGGAAGAUGCAUGGUCCCCCCUCUAACUCUAGCCAUCUUAAUGAGGGUAAAAAGUCUGAAACAUGGCUGGGCUGUUGCUAUAAGCUACCUCAGAGUACUUGGUAUUUCAGAGGAGCUCUGCCAUGCUGAUAUUUCCAUAUUCUUUUGAGAGCUGUGGUCUAAGAGUUUAUUCAUGAAAAUAACAUCUAUGUUUCUGUCCAUGGCUCUUAAUGGGAUAGGACUGUGCUGUCCCCCACCCCCAGUGCAGUGGUCCAGGGUUUUUCAACAAGAGCUGUCAACCCCAAUUAAAAGUUUAUAUGGCUGUGCAAGCAAAUUACCCCAACACAGUAAUUACGGGAGCAAUAGCUCCACUGAUUAAAUCAGCAGAGGCUGAGGCGUACUGCGUAGGUGGAUGGUUCACCAGGCUAUUUCCAGGUCAGUGACAAAAACAGUUUUCAUUUCUCUCAUGUCUAAAAUUGUAGUCUGUAAUAAAUAAAUGCCAGUCUAGGUAAAAAUGAUGUGUAUGUGUUUUCUGGGCCAUACGUGACUUUGAUAAGAAUAAGCUCUAUGAUAUUAGGGUGUAUUCCUAAUAACACUAUUAAGCAAAAGUGGAGGAGGAUGAUUCUUAGUUGAUGAAAUGUUAUUUCUGUUGAAAGUGUGACUGUGCCUGGCUGUGACUGUUCUUUAUGACGUUAUUUUCUUCAUAUUGUAUGUUUUGUUGAAUAUUUGACAUCCCUCCUCUAUGUGAAGAGCAGUGGGAUGCAGAAUAUAGGCUCCCAAACACUAGCCUGCAUUUUUGUAGCCUUCACUUAAGGAACCUUCUCUAUACAAAAAAGGCAUUUUGUUAUUUUUUUUUCCAAGCCGAACUUCCUCAGUUUAACUUGUUAUAAAAUGAGUCAUGUAAAGAAACCCUCUAUGUGUGAGGUGUAUCCCUUCUCUGUGAAAACAUUACAGACCAAACAACUUGCUUGCAGUUUAUUUAAGAUGCUUUUGUUGAAAGCUGAGCUAAGCAGAGAAACCUCUUAUGUGUGAAGUAUUAUACAGUGUAUGUGAGAUAAUAACACCUUGUAAUUCAUUACAGCUGGGUUGUAUUUACAUAAAAGAAGGCUGAGCUGUGUAGGAAUUUGCUGAUUAAUUUAUUUUUAAUGGGAGUGAAGUAUACCAAGUACCAAAAUAAACUUUACUUUGUGUAUCUUA